UGCAUCGACAAUUCGUUGACUCAGUUUGGAGCCAGCGGAUCGCUUUCUUCAGCCUCCGCCUCUUCCGUCGCCUCUGGUUUCUGUGCGACUUCUUUGGUCACGGCUCCUGUAUCGUUGGAAACCGCUGGCUGCGCUUUCAGAGGCAGCGCCAGUGACGUUACUGAGCACGAGCCGUCGCAUCUCAGCAAAACAAGUCUGCCGGCCAUUUCGUCGAGCGAACGACAAGUUGACGAGACCGAUUCUCAAUUCAACAGUUGUCAGGACGUGCAACGAAGACGACAUGCCUCGUUGGUGAUGCUCACUGUUUCCAGACGAUGGCGGCGCCGCAACACUUGCCCACUGUUCUGUCGGACUCUUGACAGGACUCCAUCUCUCGCCAGUCAGAAGAAGAGGCCAUGCUCUGAAGAAUGGCGUCGACUGGAGGAGAUAGUCGAUUCAACAUCGCCAGAAAGACAAGUCAUUUUCGAAGCUGAAGCAAAAACGGAACCAGCACAAACUGAUUGUCAGCCUCAGACAGUGACGGUGAGACAGGAAAGUUCG